GAAGUGUCAACUGAUCUGACGGACGUUCCGGAAUUUUUACGUUCCCGUUUUUGUCAGACCAGGAAAUAAAGCUCUCGUUGACGCCCUUCUCGCUUCAAAAACAAGCUUUACGCCACACAUCAAGUGUCCAACAACUGCUUCCGUAGGUGCCCUUCACUAUCUACCAGAAAAUACCAGUGAUACUGAGUUUUGAAUAAAAAAUCAAACCUCCAGAGACCACAAAAUCAGCAACAAGCAGCAUCGUUCAAGAAAUCAUUUCCGUGUAUUCAAGACAGGCAUGAACAACAUGGUAUAGCCCUGUGGAAGCAUAUUGACAGAAACAUGGAUCAAAGAAACAUGACAAUAACAAUCAACGAUGUGGCGCUUCGAAACGUGUCAGAACUCGAGGGGAGGAGGAUGAAAGCAAACGAUGUGAAACAUAGAAAAGAAGCCCUGUUUCAUUGCUGCGAGAUAGUUCUAGGAAAAUUGCUAGGUACGGGUGCCUUUUGCGAAGUUCAUGAACUUGAGGACGUGCGCCUUUUGAAUGUAAAGGAAUUGCCGGGCUGCAUACACAGCAAGUGCCGAAUCAUCGACGAAGAAAACGAACGACGGAAGCGAGAGCACCUGCGCCUUGCAUGCCACGACGCGAAAGGGAAGUUACGUUACGUGGUGAAACAUCUGCGACCCGACUUGGCCGCAGAUCGAGGAAUGAAGGUUUUUAGCCGUGCAGCUGUGGACUGUUUGAGAGAACUCAAUAUCUUGUCGCGUCUAUGCCACAAAAACGUUGUGCGGGUUCGGGGAAGCGCCCUGUCGGGAAGAAAUGUUAUAAACAAGAGUGACAACAGCAAUAAAGACUUCAUGAAAAUAGCAUCACAAAACGACCCAAAAGCCUUUUUUAUCGUGCUUGAACGAGUGGAAGAAACACUCUCGCAACGAAUACGACAGUGGAGGUUGUCUGAGAAACCCAAAGCAAUUGACAGUAGCAUCUCCGAUGCAGAUACGAUGCUUCCAUUAUUUUAUCCUGAUAAACUACGAUUUGGUCUUCACAUAGCAAGCGCAAUAGAUCACGUACAUAGUCACGGAAUGAUAUUUCGGUGAGUGCGCUACGGCGGAUCGAUUGUUGAGUUGUGAUACGCUUUUGGUGUAUACUACUGCGCCGAAGUAGUUUGGUUAUUUAUCAGAGCUAUUGUUGAUUCAUAGAUAAUUAUCUCAUGUUACUCCGGCUUCUCUUUAUUUUUAAUGCAGAGAUCUAAAGCCUGACAACGUCGGCAUAGCUUCCGGUGGCAUAGCGAAACUUUUUGACUUUGGACUCUGCAGAUCAAUGCCGCUAGAGGACGAUAAAACCUUGAGUUAUAAGAACAAUGCCAAAAGAGAGCCCGUCUAUCGAAUGUCUACGGUUGGUACACGCCGAUACAUGAGUCCCGAGAUGAUAUCGGGAGAUGGGUACAACCAAAAAACCGACUGCUAUAGCUGGUCCAUGGUAUUUUAUGAAAUGCUUAGCCUCCAGAAACCAUACGCAAGGUACAAUCGCGAAGCGCACAAAGUGUUUGUGUGCGACAAUCAUGGACGUCCCUGUGUUUCCGCGGGGAACGUUCCCUGGAGCUCGCGCGAUCUUCUCGAACGAACCUGGGCCCACGACAUCUCGGAUCGUCCCUGUAUGAAAGCAGUUUGCAAAGAAUUGGAACUAAUGAUCGACACUGUAGAAAAGCAAGCGUUGCCGCUAGUCGAACGAAGCCUUCGAGCUGUGUUUGAAAUGGCCAAGCUGCUUGCCUUUGAUGAAAAUGAGGCGGUGCCAUGCCUCGGCAGUACCACAUGUCCCUUCAACGAUGACGAUCAACACCCAGGGAAGAGAUAUUCUUCGCACUCUCCGCAAAAAUCAUCGGGUACAGAAACCUCUAUUUCGGUGCCUGAUCUAAGCAUUGUAGCAGCCGAAUAGGAUCUAUACUACUAGUAUUUUUUUAGAAACUGAUUGAUAGGUAUCAAUCGUAUCUACGUAUCUAUCGUUAAAAAAAUACUUCGUACUAGGCCUUUUCGUACGAACUGUAACCGAAAACUUCAAAACUGAACUCGAACCUUCGACAAUGUAGAAGACGACGUGUGCUAAUAAAUGCUGAUGUUUGAU